AAUAAAAAAGUGAUCGAUCACAAAGCCAAAGCCCCAAAAGGUUAAGCUCAAAUCACAGAGCCCAAGCCCAUGUUUAAAAACACUACUCGUCCACAGCCAGCGGCAAUCUUCCCGCCAUGGAUUCCGGCAUUGCCUCAAGCCUCUAAGUUUUCUAACACAUAUCAAUAUAUCGUCAUCGCCUUCAUGGCUGAUCUUAAAAAAUACCAUUAAAAGAGUAACAUUGAAGCUGGAGACUUAACAUGGACGGUUACGCCCUCUACCUCGGUACUCUCGCUCCCACACCACGUUCCUCCUCGCCCUCUUACGCUUUGCGUGUUUCCUAAAAAGGUCACUUUAACCUCCUUCGUCGCCGCUUUUCCUCUUCACACAAAGCGGCGAAGAUCUGAUUCCCACUACCCGAUCGUACAGCUUUCGAAUCAAAUCUACGCGCCGUGUUUCCCGCCAUUAUCGAGCUGAUAAAAAGUGCAAUCAUCUUCCCUUACUCGUAUACGUAUCUUCGAUUCCGCGAAUUGAGGGGAGAGGGGAGAGGGAAGAGAACGAAUCUGCGAUUCUUCUUCUCCAGGAACUUUUUGAAGAUAUGACUGAUGUGGAACGUGAAGCGAUUGUUUGCGAUGUAGAUCACGACGAAUCGGAGCUGAAUCGUUUCAGUGAUAAUGCUAGUAUUGUUCAUCAACUUCUCGAUCAUAUCAACGGCAACGAGAAGAGUUUCGAGCGUAGGGGCUUUAGUGAAAGGUUUCUUAGAUGGAGACGGAGGUAUCUUCCGGCUGGUGGAGGUAACAGACGUGACCACAGUUCAGUGAAACAGUCAGGACCUCUUGUUUCUGGAGCGGCUUACUGCAUCUCUUCUUGCAGCAUGAUAAUCAUGAACAAGAUUGUUCUCUCCAGCUAUAAUUUCAACGCAGGAGUCUCUUUGAUGUUGUAUCAAAACUUGAUCAGCUGUUUGGUGGUAGCUCUGCUAAAGUUCUCUGGAGUGGUUUCAGUGGAAAAGUUUAACUGGAAGUUGAUAAGAGUAUGGAUGCCUGUUAAUGUUAUCUUUGUUGGCAUGCUCAUCUCGGGAAUGUACAGUUUGAAAUACAUAAACGUUGCUAUGGUGACUAUUCUGAAGAAUGCAACGAAUAUUAUUACAGCGAUAGGGGAGUUAUACAUGUUCCGAAAAAGGCAGAACAACAAGGUUUGGGCUGCAAUGUUCAUGAUGAUCAUCUCUGCAAUCAGCGGUGGCAUCACGGAUCUCACAUUUAAUGUUGUAGGGUACACAUGGCAGACCGCCAACUGCGUUCUAACCGCAAGUUAUUCACUUACUCUGCGCCGAGUCAUGGAUAAAGCAAAACAGUCCACAAAAUCUGGAUCCCUUAAUGAGGUGUCAAUGGUGCUGCUGAAUAAUCUCUUGUCACUACCUUUUGGUAUAAUCCUUGUCAUCUUAUUGGGUGAAUGGAGAUACGUAAUAAGCACGGAUGUGACACAAGAUGCAAUGUUUUGGGUAGCCGCAACAGCAAGCGGCUUCCUCGGUUUAGCCAUCAGCUUCACUUCGAUGUGGUUCUUGCAUCAAACCGGACCCACAACAUACAGUCUGGUGGGUUCGUUAAACAAGCUUCCGAUAUCAUUAUCUGGCCUUGUACUCUUCAAUGUCCCUCUGAGUCUCCCAAAUUUGUUCAGCAUACUUUUUGGUUUGUUUGCUGGAGUGGUCUUUGCCAGAGCCAAAAUGUCAUAGUCAUGUUUCUAAGCUGAAGACAACAAUUUUUUUUCUUUUAAAAAAAGCAGAAGAAGACCUUGAGAGGCUUCUCGAUCUUGUAGACUACAGCUAAUAGUUCCAAUUCUGGGCAUUUUUUCUUAUACAGGUAGAACAUAGAGGUUCUAUCUAUUUUCAGUUUGCAAGCUUAUUUUAACUUAUCAUCCAUAAAAUUGUACAUGGAUAAUGGAUUAGUAAUCAUCCAAACAUUCGACUUGAAUGGUUGGUAAGGAGUCUUAAUAUCUUUAAGCGUUCUGAUCUAUUUACCUCAAAUGAUUUGAUGUGAGUGCUACAUUAUCUAA